UUUAUUGUUUCAGCUUCAUCAGUUUGUGUCAAUACUAGAAGAAUAUCACAAAGAAAAUAUACAAAAUCCAAAACAAGUUCUUUACAAGUAUGGGGAUUUUGAAGAUGGUGUAUACAUUGUUAAGUCAACAUUUGCGAUUGGUGCAGAAUCAGUGAGUUUAAUAUAUCCAUAUACAACUGCUGCAGACUACACGGAAUUUUCAAAAGUAUUGAGUGAAACAACCAGAAUUCCCUGGACAGAGAAAUUUAUGUUUGAGGUUACGGCAAGACGACUAAUGCCAACGAUACAGCAAGUUUCUGCUGCCAAAGGAUGUGAUCUUGGAACGGAAGAAGGCGCUACUUUGUUCCUCCCGCCUGAAAGUGACAUUGAGAACAAGUUGCUUCCAGAAGACGUAUAUUUAGGAUCUUUGGAUGAACAUCAUGUUGCAGAAGUUAAUGAAAACUGGCCUUUUAAGUAUCCAGGAUCUGAGAAGUUUGUUGCUCUGCAAAUACAAAAUAACUUUGGACUUGGCUUGUUCAGAAAAAGUGAUAACAAGAUGUUGAGUUCUUCAGUCAGCUUCCAUUCUGGUGGAAUUUUUAUUUUAUAUUCCAACCCUAACUUUCGAUCAAGAGGUUAUGGAGAAGUUAUCAUCAGAGAAAUGGCAAAAGAAAUUCGUCGUCAAGGACGAAUUCCAUUUGGAAACAUCAUGACUGAAAACAUUGUGUCAACAAAGUUGUUCAACAAAAUGGGGUUCAAAGAGUACUACAAAAGUGUUUACCUUUUUCCCAAAAAGCUUUUUAACUUUGCUGUAUUAAAACACUGAAAAUGCUGUAUAAAA